AUGCCAGGGCCGCAAUGCACCCCACCAACCCCAGAACUUUUCCGCCUUCUCAACUCUUCCGACAAAAUCGAAAUAGGCCACGGGCCCAUCGCCAUGCUGUCUAUAUUGAGGAAAGCUCGUCUGAAGGACAAGGAGAUGCGAAUACUGAUGCUGGGGCUAGACAAUGCCGGCAAAACGACGAUCGUGAAACGGAUUAUGAACGAAGAUGUCACCUCAGUGAGCCCAACACUGGGGUUUAUUAUCAAAACGAUUGAUUUCAUGGGAUACAAGCUCAACAUCUGGGAUGUGGGCGGACAGAAGACGCUCCGAUCGUACUGGAAAAAUUACUUUGAAAAGACCGAUACCUUGGUCUGGGUCGUCGAUGCGACCGAUCGAUUGCGGGUGGAGGACUGUCGUGGGGAGCUGGCUGGUCUGCUCCUAGAAGAGCGCUUGAUGGGAGCCAGUCUCCUGGUUUUCUUGAACAAAACCGAUGUGGAGCAUUGUAUGACCGAAGAUGAAGUGCGCGAGCGCCUGGGCUUGGAUUUGAUCAAAACACAUAAGUGGACUAUUCUUCCAUGCAGUGCCAUGACAGGCGCAAAUCUCCAUGAAGGCUUGGAAUGGGUAGUACAGGAUGCCAAAGACCGACUAUUCCUGUAUUAG